AUAGCGGCGAGGUGGGGAGGAAGCUGAGCAGAGUUGGGCGGUUGGAGCCGGCGGGGUGGGGGUGCCCUGAUGCUGAGGUCUCUCGCGAGAUUUCAAUACAUCAAUGGCAGAUUCAUCCAGUGAUUCAGACAACUUCCUUCGUGGUCGUGUAGGAAGGCGGGGCCCUCUAAGAGCCACCCACAGCAGAGCCCGAAACCAUGGGGCUGGAGAUGUUACAGAGAAGAUCCAUACCUUAGCAAGCACUUUACAGGAUACCAACCGAAACCUGAGACACGUUGACCAGAUGCUAGGACAGUACAGAGAGUACAACAAUGAACAGACUGAAGCUAUAGCAACUUUAAAAGAGACACUGGAACAAUCUAUAGGCCAAUUAAGGAGCCAACGAUUGUCCAGAAAUUCUGGAAUGAGAAGUGCCUCUCUUUCAAGUUUAUACACAAGUGACCUGGAUGGUGAAGCAGCCACAGGGAGCCGCCAUUUCCAGCCUACCUCACCUCUCAGGGAUUACGGAGACUCACAGAGCACUAGACGUCGGAGGUCUAGGUCUGCUAAUGUCCGGUUCGUCGAUGAGGCCAAUAAUUUGGACCAGCUACAUUCCUUACACCACUCCCUUCGAGACCUUAGCAGUGAACAGGUUCGCCUAGGAGAUGAUAUCAGCAGGGAGCUUUCAAGAAGAUACCGGACUGAUGCAGAAACCAAAAAGAUCUUGACAGACUUGUCGGAAAAGCUCACUGAAUCCCAAAGACAAGAAACUGUGUCAGAGCGGGUAGAGAGAAGACUUCAAGAGAUAGAACAAGAAAUGCGCACAGAAAGGCAGGUGGUAGAAAGACGCCAGGACCAACUAGGACAUAUGUCUAUGCAGUUGCAGGAGGCUUUAAGGAAACGAGAUGCUAAAGCUGAUGAAAUGGAAGGACUAAUGAAAAAUAAACUUUUGAAAUCUGAAAAUGAAAAGAGUAAACUUGAGCAGGAGUUGGAGCGGUCCCAGAGGAAGUUAGAUCAGUCAGAAGACAGUCGAGAAGCUCUCCUGCAUCAGAUUGAAGAUCUCCAUUCCCAAUUACUGAGAGCAGAAGCAGACCGCGUGGAUUUGCAGCAUCAAGUUUCACAGGUUGCCAUGCACCGCCAAAGCUGCCAUGAUGAGCAAGAGGACGACAGGAGAAUUAGAUCAGUUGUUGAAAGGUCUGAGCGGGAGAAGCAAGAGUUGGAGAAACAGAUCCUGGAAUUAAGAGCAAAGCUGAGUCAUAGUGCUGUCAUGUCAGAGGUAGAGGAGCUGAAACGAUGCAUAGAGCACAAGGAUAAAGAGAAAGCACAACUUGCAAUGCACAUACAGGUGUUAACAUCUGACUUGGAAAACAGGGAGAAGCAGCAGCAAAGGAUGCUGGACCAGCUGAAGGAGAUACAGAGCUGCUACAAGGCUUGUGAGAGUGAACGGAGGCAAACUGAACUCCAAACUGCUGAGCUGGCCCAGCAACUUGAAGAGUCUACUAAGGAAGCAGAUCGGUACCUUGCUGAAUUCAGGCAGUCUGAGACCCUUAGGCUAGACACUGAGAAGAAGAAAGAAGAGCUGAAAGUUAAAGCUCAGGAAUCCAUUCGACACUGGAAGCUGAAAUAUAAGAAACUGGAACGUGAUAUGGUGAAACAGAAUGAAACCAUCAAUCAGCUAAUGGACAAGAGCAAUCAGGUCCUUAAAGAGAAGGAUGACCUGAAGGCUCAGCUUCUCUCUGCUAUACAUCAAAUAGAAAACCUUCGCAAGGAGCUGAGUGAUGUGCUUACAAAGAGGGCCCAGCAAGAAGAGGAACUCCAUUGUAAGGAGGUGAAGCUCAGUGAAACCAAGUCUCAACAGAUAGUUCUUGAGCAAGAGAUCAGGGAAGUCCACGAUAAAGCAAAUAAACUGGAGAGUGAGUUGCAAAAGCAGAUCCUGGUACAGAACCAGAUGAGAAAUGAAAAAGAACGUUUAGAGGAAGAGCUUGAAACAGCUAACAUGAUCAAUGAAAAAGAUCAGGAAAGAUUCUUAGAGAUGCAAGAAGAUAUAAAAAACUUAAGUGCUAUUCGGGCAGAGCUGACAAACAGAAUAGCAGAGGAAGAAAAAGUCAAGAAAGAGAUUCUCAAGAACUUUUCAGACCUUCAAAAACAUCAGGAGUCUAAGCAAGAAGAGAUGACUACAACUAGCUGGCAGCUGAAGAUGGAGAGAGAUGUUCACCAGCAGGAGCUGGCAGAUCUUAGAUCAGAGUUGAAGAAUGUGAAAACAAAGCAUGAGAGAAAUGUUCAAGAGCUGAUGAAGCUCUUUAGGCAAGAAAAGGAUGAGACAGAGAACCACAUUAGGAGGCUGAAGACAGAACUUUUAGAUGAGAAAAAUGUAGUAAAAGCUCAGCGUCGACAGGUGGAGAAGAUGAAAACUGAAUAUGAUAAGAUGACAGAAGAGUUAACCCAGAAUGAACAGGAAAACACAAAACUUAGACGGAAAUAUGAGCUUGUGAAACAGGAACUGGAGGAAAAGGAUAAACAGAUAAGCAGUGAAGAAGAUCAUUUGAGGAGGAUGGAGGAGGCCAGAUUACAUCUUAGGGAUCAGCUGCGUUGUCUAGAGACAGAGCAAGAAUCCAUUCUCACCAUGAUAGGAAGUGAAAUUGAUGCAGCUUGUGAAAUCCUUUCCAGAGACUCUGUGGAGAAAUUCAAAGCAAUAUCACUUACACCUGGGUUACAGAAUGACCCUCAUCGCUGGUUAGCAGAAACAAAGACUAAACUUCAAUGGAUGUGUGAAGAGGUGAAAGAGAAAGAAAGCAAGGAACGGAAGCUGCGGCGUCACCUAUUGCAGAGUCGAGAGCAGCUUAAGCACUUGACAUUGAGCAAGGAGUGUGAACGUCAGUCUCUCUUUGAACAAAUAAAAAAGCAAGAACAUGUCCUGGAGGAAGUUAACAGAGAAAAGAGAGAUCUGCUGGAGAAGACUCACAGGAGAGAGGAAGAAAUGGCAGCGCUACAGGAGCGUAUCAUGGCCUUAGAAACAAGUACCCGAGUAGCCUUGGACCAUCUAGAGUCCGUUCCUGAGAAACUGAGCCUUUUGGAAGAUUUCAAAGAUUUUGGAGAUUCUCAUCGUCAGAGGGAGAUAAUUGAAGAGAGAUACACUAAAUACAAGGAAAUUGUGGGCUCUCUACAGCAGCAGCUGGAGGAUUCAAAGCGCAGAAUCAGAAACUUCAAAGAUGAGAAAAUGGAUGCUGAUGUUUCCGACAUACAAGUGGCAGCUCUCUCCUCCAACUGGCAGACUAAAACCAGCUUUAUGUCCAGCUCACUGCUUUCAGAUUCAGGCUCAUUUAUCAGAAGAAUGGUUCCUUUCGAUUUAAAUACAACCAAGGAAGAUCCCAUUAGUAUCGCUGUCAAUGAAAUGAAGUCACAGGCAGAAAAAGAAAAGCACUAGAGCUGCUAAAAAAACUGUGAAAAACACCGCAGCUUUCCUUGCUGGAGGUUCAAUUCUGCUCCAUUGUUUUACAACAAUAAUAAUUCUGUCUGCAGUCAAGCACAGCUGCACUUACAGGAGUGAUGCAGCUUCAGUAAUUCAUCAAUUGCCAAAUAUUGACUGAAAGUUCAUCAUAGUUGUUUGAGGGGAAUGAGGCUAUUUAAACCUGAAGAUAACGGGCCCCCAAAGGAUCCAGAGCAGUAUGUAAGUCCUAAUGAAUGGGAAGCAACCAACGACAGCCAGCAAAAAGGCAAAGGAACCUCAAAAUGAAAUUUUUAAAAAGAGAAGAAAAAGGAGAGGAAGACAACAUAAAAGAAACAUUGAGCAGGAAAAAACAAUUUAGGGAGCAAAGGAGAGAGAAAAUGGGCUGAAGAAAGAACAGAUGCAGCAGUAUUGCAGGGCCUAGUGUGGAAGAAUAUGGUUUGGGGGAUGCACGUCUGCCAGUGCACGAUCAGAGGUUUCCCACAAACAUCACUCGGAAUCUCUGCCAAAGAAGCAGCAAGUUUGGAGCAGCUGUUGAGUAGAAUGAGCUCUAUUAGGGUUUACGUAAAGCACUUAUUAGACAAAACGUACCCUGUGAACCGAAGAGCUAAUUAUAUUAUUACUGCAAGUCCACACACUUUUCCCUAUUUGUGUUAUGAAGAUAGAUAAUUAUCUGUGGCAGUACAUAAUGAACUUAUUUGUGUUUUUUCACAAGAUAAGAAAGAACCAUUCAGUGAUCACAGGUUUUUGUAAUGAUUUUCCCUGAGGUAAGUUUGCAGUUGGUAUGGUGUGAGUAUGAACAUGUUUUCUAGAGGUUCUAAGAAAAAUAAAAAAAAACAGCCAAACAGAUUAUCAUUUUCAAAAUCUUUCCACUGCUGAAGGUCAGAUUUUAAGUACAAAUCAAUUUUUUUGUUUUAUAUAAUUUAUGUUGGCUGGUAUUUUCAUAUUGCAAUGGAGCAGAGAAAAGUUUUAGCUCAAAGAUGUCUGCCUUUGCCAGAUUUUUAAAGAGGCAGAAAUAAAAAUAGUGAAAUUUUUGUGUGUGUGUGUGUGUACAAUGUAUCAUUAAAAAGACUAUAGACUUUCAUAUGCUACUUUUGUCAACUUAUUUGUAUUGAUUGUUUACUUUAAACUGGUGUCACAUG